AUGCGCAAUCUCCAGCUCUACGCAGGCGUUCCCGCCAACUUCAACGCGUCGGGUCAGAAUGACGCUUGUGCGCUGAUGCUGCAGUACCAAGCGCAGACGCUGCCCGAAGACGCGGCGCAAGCCCUGAACACGACCUCCUGCAACGGCGCCCUGGCCAGCAGCACCAGAGACGUGCUGACCAACAUCAUCGAAUCCUUUGACUACAGCGCCUACGGUAGCGGCGAAAAUGUUCUUCCUCGCUGUGAUGCCCUGUUGCAACACGUCAAUGCCCAGAUCCGCGCUCGUCAGAAAGUCGGGCCCUGGCUCUCCACCUUCCUGACGGCAGCCGGCGGCGCUCUGGCGGGCACAAAUGCCAACACGACGGUCGUCAGACCCCAGUCUCAGGGUUGUCAGCCCGUCAGCCCCGAGCAGUACAGCUUGCGUGCUGUAGUCAGCAUGGAUCAAUUCCUGUUCAAGUCCGGACCGCUGUUGUCUGAUUCUUCGAACAAUGACACCGAGGCUGGUGCCGGUCGCACGGGAGUCACGCCGGUGAUCACCGUUGUCUAUGGCGAUGAGCAAGACAGCGAGCCCAGUGUUCAGUACGUCUGCAUGAAGACGUUUGCUCCGGAUGGUGCCAAAUUGCCCCAGAACUCCUUGUCUGAGGAUGAGACCAGUGGUGCUUCUUCAGCAUUGUGCAGUGUGGGUGCAGUGGCUGUUGCUGCGUUGGUUGGUUCGGCAUUGGUACUGUAG